CAUCCUUUCCAUCUCCUGUCCAGCGUCCAAAGUUCUUGGGGUGAAAGUGGUGACCGUUUCUGGACAAAAGAUUUGCUCCGUUGUCGUGCAUGGGAAAUCCUCCGUGCAACUCCCCCGUUCUGUCCUACUCGCCCGCCUUUCACAGCAGCCCGCUGAUCGCAAGAUUGUUUCAUUUUUGAAUUUCCGAUUUAUUUAAUUAGUUCUGUGGUGGUUACCAAUCGCGGUGGUCAAGGGAUCCCACAGGCAUCAACCGUGGAGGGGCAUGCGUCCCACAGCGUGGUCUUGAGCCGAGUAUGACGUCUGAAGCGACCGAUUUUGCCCAAGCGAGCAAUCCCAGCGACCCUGCACCCCGCUCUCCCCAAUCUUCCAGCCAGAUGGCCUCUGGUCCAAACAUGGCUUCGGGGGAUGUCAACCCCAGCCUCAGUUCUCAAUCCGGGCAGGUCCGGUUCUCUACGGUAACGGAGGAAAUCGAGCCUACCGAUCCGUCGUCUUCCGUCAAGUCUUCCGGAGCAGAGUCGAUCAAGGAUACGCAGCAUGAGGAGGAACUGCGGUCGCUAGCUGCCAGCUUGCAGCGGUCCCAAUUGCAGGAGAAUCGAUUGCGGCAGUUCUCUUACGAUCCCAUCUCGUUGCCAUCAUCUAGAGUUGCCUCCCGGGAAUCGAGCGACCGCAGUGCACGCGAAGCGAAUGGAUCGGGCUUCCCCUCGCCCCGAGGUUCCCCACCAGUGUCCGCCAUGCAAUCACCCCCGCUGACGCCCGCAGCCACACAUUCACGGGAAUCCAAGUCGAUUGAUACUUCUUCCACAUCCAACACCACCGAUCGGGCCGGUAACGCCGCCCAGUCCACCCAUAUGACUCCCGCAACCUCCCCUCCAGCCAGCGCUGCCGCACAACAUAAGGCUCCUCAAAGCGCCCCCUCCUCCCGUCCAUCAUCGACCGAUCAACUGUCGAAGCAGAACCAAGUGGCACAGACCUCUUCUCAUCCGAACCACGGCGCGCGGCAUCGAGCGCAGUUCUUUAUCGGUCCCACUGACGGAUCCCAGGAAGAAAGCCCACCAGCCACCCCUCGCGGUGAUCCCGAGAGCUAUACCCCUCCGGGUGCGAUCACGCCGGUGGGUGAGCCGAAUGACCCGUAUGCUCGUAGCAAGCGUCCUCCGCAACCGAAGAACCUUGCCCAACUUGACCAGCGCUUCAUCUUCGGCAGCCGGGAUUCCAAGCGUCGCACCACAACGUCGGCCUUCUCACGCCCAUUGAGCCCUCGUUCUUCCAGUGCCACAGAUCUCCGGUCCAGUGAAAAACGCGGUGGCUUCUUCAAUUCCAAGCGAGAACCACGACAGCCGGACGCCGAGGGAAAGACCCAUGGCCAUAUGUCAGAGUUGAAGCGCUUCUUCAAGCGGACCCACAACAAACACAAGCGAGGUGAUUCACCGUCGUCGAUCCCAUUCAAGAAAUCGAGUCGAACCUCGGGCAAGGGCGGCCCAUUCCACGCGGCAGCCGACAGUGUCCCCUUCGCAGACGAUCAUGGUCUUAACUCGAAGUAUGGAAAGUUGGGCAAGGUGCUGGGGUCGGGAGCCGGAGGCUCGGUUCGAUUGCUUAAGAGGAAUAGUGAUGGGGUGACUUUUGCGGUAAAGCAAUUUCGAGACCGUCAUUCAUGGGAAACUAUGAAGGAAUACUCCAAGAAGGUGACUGCGGAAUUUUGCAUUGGGUCUACCCUCCACCAUGGCAAUAUCAUCGAGACGCUGGACAUUAUCCAGGAAGGAAGCCAUUGGUAUGAAGUCAUGGAAUAUGCGCCCUUUGAUCUGUUUGCCAUCGUCAUGACAGGAAAGAUGGUCAAGGAGGAGAUUGCUUGCUCUUUCAAGCAGAUCCUCAGUGGAGUCGCCUACUUGCACGGAAUGGGCCUGGCCCACCGUGAUCUGAAGUUAGACAACGUGGUCGUCAAUGAGCAUGGCAUCAUGAAGCUUAUUGAUUUCGGAAGCGCUGUGGUGUUCCGAUAUCCUUUUGAGAAUGAUAUCGUCCUCUCUUCUGGAAUCGUUGGCUCGGAUCCAUAUCUCGCCCCCGAAGUAUACGACGAGAAGAAGUAUGACCCUCGCCCGACUGAUAUUUGGUCCCUGGCCAUCAUCUUCUGCUGCAUGACUUUGCGCCGAUUCCCUUGGAAACAGCCCCGUGUCAGCGAUAACUCGUACCGACUGUUCGUUUCCACGCCAACUCCUGGAACUCCGGUGCCUGAGGUCGACCCGAAACGCCACCGGGCCGUCAAGUCAUCCCCUGAUCUUAUCACCGCUGCCCAAGAAGGCAAACCCGCCCAGCCCAGUAUCAAUACUGACGUCGCUGGACAAUCUUCCCAAGCGAACGGGCAGCAAGCUCAACAGCCUGCUGCUGCCGGUGAAGAAAACCAGCCGCCGAAAAGUCCUCAGGACAAGCCGCUGGUCACCAAAGCACCUACGGAUAGCAAGAAUGCUAAUGCUACUACUCACAAGCCUUCCCGUACCACGAGCAAGGAGGCCCCUCCACUUCCGGCGAACGCCCAGGCGGCGGCUCAGCGACAGGAAGUCAUUAAGGGGCCCUGGCGCCUUCUCCGGCUCCUACCCCGCGAGAGCCGGUACAUUGUUGGCCGGAUGCUCAAGGUGUCGGUGAAGGAGCGCGCUACACUGGAUGAUGUCUUGACUGAUGAGUGGGUGCGCAACAUCAAGGCGUGUCGGCAGGAGUUGACUGGCGAGGUCAUCCAUGCUCCAGGCCACACCCAUGUCUUGGAACCCCCUUCGGCCAGUGUGCCAGUUCCCAGCAAGGCCAAAUGAUCUCUUAAGUGAUCUAUAUCUAUUCCCACUGUAUAAUUUUUAUUUUUCCCAUUUCCUUUACCUUUCUCUCUUUUUGUCAGAGCAAAAGGGUGUUUACGUCCCACAUGUCUUAUAAUCUUCCUCGUCCGGACUACACUACCUCUUCCCUGUCUUCUUCGAUUCUUCUGUUUUACAUUGAUUCCCUUCGACUAGGAUGGUGGUCUCGGUGACCUGACACCAUCCGGUCGAUUGUUUUUUGUGCUUCAUGGCGGGGCUCCUGUGCAGUGAGAUAUAAUUGCGUGAUCGAUGGGAUUCUGUGCUCAUGGCUCUCUCCGCGUUGAAAAGAGGGUCUGGAGGUUGCCUUGUGCUGUUGUUUCUUGUUUUCUUUUCAAUUUAGGCGUUGCGGUCACUGUCCGUGGAACGGAGCUGCUUUAGGCAAUCAUUCU